AUGUCUGCUACAGUCUGGCCACCAAUUUCCCAUGAGCAACUAAUGAAAGAGGAAGAAAAAUCGCUGGCGUGCGAGCUUGAAUGGCUUCUGAAUCUGCUGCAAGAGAGUCUAGCAUCUCUGAAAAGUGGACUCCAGGAAUGCGUCGCUUUGCUGGCUCCGAAAGAACCGGGGUCCACGCUUGCCCUAUCGUCACUGCGGUCUGAAAGUGUCAAAGGUUUCGUGACUAGGAUUGGCACUCGGAUUAUCAAAGGAGACAUUAACCUUCGGCUCACUACUCUGCCCCCUCCACGCUCUCUUUCAUCCUAUCCGGUCCACUUGCAAUACCCCGUUCCACUCCCACAAUUGACUGCCUUGCUCACCCUUUUGAACCAAGCCCUGGACAUUAUCGACAUUAGCAGAUGGACGGGCGAUCCGCAUAAUGGGGCUUUCAUAUCUGGCCAGCUACGUUUACUGGCUGACACCAUCGGAGAGGCACAGCAAACGCUCAAAGGGGGUGAAGAUGUAGUAGGGGGGAAGUGGUGGGAAGAUGCUAUGACUGAGGAUACAUCCUCACCCUCGGUCCCGCCAAGUCUGUCUCUUCAUCUCUCCAUCGCCGACGCGGCCCUUCUCCUGCAUGUCCGCACUCUUGCUCCUCCGUCUGCACCGGAGUCAUCUCUCACAGGCCUCUCUCUUCGUACUCGGCUUGGCCUGGGUCCUCGACCGCCUGUCCAUGACGAGCUCGGUCAAGUAUUCCACUACCGUGGAGAGGAGGUGACUGUGAAAGAGAAAGUAAGGGUAGAAAGCCAAGAUCCAAGUCUAAUGGCUGUAUUGGCCAAAUUGAGCGCUUUGGGGCAUGCGGUCGGAGGGUGGAGGCUUAAAGUUGGAGUGGUCAUGGGGGAAGAUCUGGAAGGAGAUGCAUAA